UUCACGCACUGAUUCUGCUGGGGUUCUAGGUGUCCCAGGCUGAACUGGACACUUGUUAACUUGGAACCCAUGGUGGUGGCAAGGGUGUGAGGUGUGCGGCAGAGCUGAUAAGUUGGAGAGAGUGACUGUAUUCACAAUGAAAUUGGUUCUAAGAACUGUUUGAAUUGCUGAAAUUGAGUGUAUCAGCAUGUGCUUUUUAUAGCAAGGUUGAGGCCUUUUUAUCAGUGUUGUACUGUCUUCAGAGUCUUAAUGUUUUCCAACCCCUUUCAGGUAUGUGCUUGUGAGCAGGGCUUUGAGCUGAGCAGCAGUGGCCGAAUCUGCGAGGACGUAGAUGAGUGCCAGAAGUCGGGUGGUUGGUCGUGCAGUCAGACCUGUGUCAAUACCGAGGGCUCCUACAGCUGUACCUGUCGUCCUGGCUACUCGCUGGAGCCUGACGGCCACACCUGUAAAGCAGCAGGUACUGAACCAAUCCUGCUUGUGGCAGUACAGUUUAACCUGCUCCUCUAUGGACUGAGGAGCUUGAAAGAAGAUAUUCUGGCAGCUACAGACAAGAAUCUGAUUAUUUUCUCUAUUGACUAUGACUUAGUGGAGCAGAAAGUCUUCUGGACAGAUCUUGGUGCGGAAAGUAUUAAGUGGAUCAGCAUGGACACAAAGAAGAAAGGGACUGUAGUGAAAGGGAUAAAGUCAGACUGUAUAGUGGUUGACUGGAUUGGAAGGAAUCUCUACUGGGUGGAUGGGAUAGCUGGCCGGAUUUUGGCAAUUCAGUUGACUGCUGUUUGGAGAGGAAAAUCUGAGCACACGGUUGUCCUAGAUGAUGACUUGAAUCAACCACGGUCUUUGGCUUUAGAUCCCCUAAAUGGGUUAAUGUACUGGUCUGAAAUUGGAGGAGAACCUCAAAUAGAACAAGCCGGAAUGGAUGGCAGCAGCAGAAAAAUACUCAUCAAUCAAGGUCUUGGCUGGCCAACUAGCAUAGCUCUUGACCAGUUGAGUUGGAAGAUAUUCUGGGCUGAUGACAAAUUUCACUGUAUUGGCUCUGCCAAUCUAGAUGGUACUGGUAUUAGCAUGUUGCAGCUAACACAAAUCAAGAGCCCCUUUUCAGUCGCUGUGUUUGAAGAUGAAGUCUUCUGGUCUGAAAUGAAGACAAGAACAGUACAGCGCAUGAAGAAGACGACAGGCAAGAACAGGGCUGUCCUCAUCAAGCGUUUUGAACAGCCUUAUGGACUCAAGAUAAUACACGAUGUGCUACAGCCCAGGUCUUCUAAUCCUUGUCUGGACACUGGAUGUUCUCAUCUGUGCCUUCUGAGCCCACGAUCCAAGGGGAGCUGUCAUUGCCCAGUUGGACUUCUGCUUGCAGAUGAUGGCAUCAACUGUCUUCCACUCGAGGAGUCUGCAUUUCUCUUCCUUGUGUUGCCCACAGUUAUCAUACAGAUUUAUCUGAAAAAUCUAGAAGCUACACUAGGACAAGCAACUUUACCAGUACAUAGGAUACUUCCCUUUACCAAUGUGAACCAGCUUGCCUCAAUGGACUACCUUGUCCAGGAAAAGGCUCUCUACCUUUCAGAGUUGAAUAAUGGUGAUAUCAGACUACUGAGGCUCAAAGAAUCUGGAAAGCUCUCUUGGAGGAAAAUCAUAUCUGUGGAAGGGACAGUGAUCGACCUUGCUGUGGACUGGUUGAGUGGAAACAUAUAUUGGAUUGACAGUGAGAAUCCUCACAUCAAUGUAGCUUCCCCAAAAGGCCAGUACUCCACUGGCCUGUUCAGCGAAAAUCUUUACGGCCCAACCUCUGUUGUGCUCCACCCGCCUGCCGCGAUCAUGUGCUUUGUGGACCGGGGUUCCCAGGAUGACGGUAAGCGUGGCUCCAGCAUUGAAUGUGCCUCCAUGGAUGGCAGCAGGAGGAAGGUGCUGUGGCAGAAAUCCCAGGUCCCUGUGGGCCUGACCUUUUCGGAUUCAGGGACCCGAGUGUACUGGGCUGAUACUGGGAGAGGACUCAUAGAAAGUAUUCAACAAGAUGGCUCUAGAUACAGAGUAGACCGCAGAGGCAUUCAGGGCCUUAACCUCUUUACGUAUGGCCAAAGCAUGAUGUUCUGGACAACAAUUGAUGAUGACCAAAUCACUAAAGUUUGGUACAGCAAGGCAGAACUUUCAGAAAACUGGUGUUUCCAGGUAGACCAGAAGAUUGUGGAUUUAAAAGUGUAUAGUACACUUAAUCAACAGGGUAGUCACAGCUGCUCAAAAGACAAUGGAGGAUGUAGCCAUAUUUGUUUACCAAACCCUGAAGGACGGACUUGUAAAUGUCCUGGUGGAUACUACUUGGCUGACACAAACAAAUGUCUUGAAGCUGCCCGAUGCUCUGCGCCAUUACAGUCCUGUAAGGAUGGUCAGAAAUGCAUUCCCAUGGAGCAAGUGUGUGAUGGUCGUGCAGACUGUCUGGAUGGAUCUGACGAAAUGGGCUGUACCUAUCCAGAUAAAACCCAUUCAACACCAACACCUGAAAAGCCAGAGGCUGGAAAAAUGUUGACUCCAAAAGCUGCUCAACCUCUCCAGGCCACCAAGUCCACCGAGGCUAGCUAUCUGGAUCCAGAAGGGAUGAAUUAUCCUGUCAGGAAAACACUGAUCCCUCCGAUUCCUGCUAGAGAAAGCAAGACCUCAGAAACCAAGGAAAGAGGGGAGUCUGUUCAGCCCCAGGACUCACAGAGGGCAAAACAUCUGCCCUGUAGCAGCGAUUUCUGUAAUGGGAGGGGAAUCUGUACAAUGGAAGGAGAGCUGAGAAAAUGCAGCUGUCUGAUGGAAUAUGGUGGAGAGUUCUGUGAAGAGGCAGUGCAUGGACCUUCUCCUGGCUACAUCGCCCUCAGCUUAAUUAUUGCUUUAUCAGUUGUUCUGGCAGCUCUGGCAGCAUAUGUAUAUUUCAGAAGAGAACAUGAAUUAAAAAGGUGAGCAGCUAUUAACGUCCUCAUGGGAGAGUUUUAUUCCAAAGUUGGCUUAUAAAAUAAGAUUAAAAUAAGAUUAAUGGGGUUGGAGGUCUGAGUCCACUCUAGAAAUUUGUCCUCUGAGGAAGGAUUUAGGUGAUGAAGCAGCCUCACCUGUUAGAUGACCUGGAAAAAUAAUAAUUGGAACCAUCUCUUUGAGUGAGACCUGGGGCAAACAAUAUUAUUGUAAGGGGCAGGUAAAAUCUGCCUCAACGGUAGUCAGUGGCACAAUCUCGGAUGAAGUGAGAAGAUUCCCUUCCAAUGAGGCAGCGUUAGUGCCAAUGAUAGUUUGGAGGAAAAAUUUGUUACGAGGUAUAUUAGUUUGCUAGGGCUGCUAUAACAAAUACCAC